AUGAGGUCAAUACGAAGGAGAGCCCCGGGCCGGGAGCAUCGCGCCACCCCCGGCCGGUUGCUGCUAGUGGGCGCCUUCGUCCUGCUGCAGCUGCUCGACGCCACCCAGCUCACCCGCGCCCUCCGCUGUGACCGAUCACCCGAGGGUUCCGGCGCAAGCAAAUCGCCCGCCGACGGCCGAUUCCGGCUGCGAAUCUCGGGCAACGCGGACAAGUACGUCCCGGGAGAAUUGUACACCAUCAGCCUCGUCGGUAUCCGGUCGAUGCAGGUGCCGCACAAGUUUUCCGGCUUCUUGCUGGCCGCGGAGAAGAGCCCUGACGCAUCGCCUACGGGCGUUCACAACGUAGGCACUUUCCAGCUGCUCGGAGAUCCGUUGACAAGGUUCAGCGAGCGCUGCCCGAACGCGGUCACCCAAACGAACUCGCUGCCGAAAAGCGAGAUCCAAGUGGACUGGGUUGCGCCUCCGGCGGGUAGUGGCUGUAUUUCGAUCCGUGCGACCGUCGUCGAGCACCGGGACGUCUGGUACAUGGACGAUGGACCGCUCACUAAGACGAUGUGCGAGGACGAAGCAGACUCGGUCGACACUCAGCCGGCGGUGCUGAAAGAGUGUUGCGCCUGUGACGAGGCCAAGUACGAGCUUACGUUCGAGGGUCUCUGGUCGAGGCAUACACACCCGAAGGACUUCCCCUCCAAUGGAUGGCUCACGCGAUUCAGCGAUGUAAUCGGUGCAUCGCACACGGUCGACUAUCGGUUCUGGGAAUACGGACAGGUCGCUAGCGAAGGGUUGAAGCAAGUUGCCGAGCAUGGAUCCACCCGGAUGCUGGAAAGUGAACUGAAAAAUCAGAGCGACAAAAUACGUACCAUCAUCAAGGCCCGGGGCAUAUCAUAUCCCAAUGUGACCGGUAAAACGUUUGCCGUGUUCCGCGUCGACUCAAAUCACCAUCUAGUUUCGCUGGUGUCUAUGAUCGAUCCCUCACCCGACUGGAUCGUCGGAGUGUCCGGGCUCGAGCUGUGCCUGACCAACUGCUCAUGGAUCGAAAACAAAAUCCUCAACCUGUACCCGUGGGACGCUGGUACCGACAGUGGUCCAACGUACAUCUCGCCGGAUCAGCCUACCAACCCUCCCGAUGCAAUCCGUCGCAUCAAGUCGAACUACCCGAAUGACCCGCGCUCGCCGUUCUACGAUAAGGAUGGGGCUGAGAUGAAACCGCUCGCCCGGAUUUACCUUUCCCGGCAGCGGCUGUACGAGAAGAACUGUGAGGCGGAGAACGAGGAGGACAACGAAACGAAGCAGGCGUGCGAGACGGAACCGUGGGCCGAGUGGACAGAAUGCAGCUCCCGAUGUGGCAAGGGCAAGCAGACGCGUCGUCGCGUGUACAAGCAUCCGAUGAAGGCGAAGCAGGCGGAGUGCAAAAAGAAGCUCUUCGACCGACGGCCGUGCGUUGGCACUGACCGGGAUUGUGACGUCAACAGUCAGGAGGUGGAGGAGGCUUUCCAGGGUGACUCGGAGUGCGAGGUGACCGAGUGGGGCCCAUGGAGCGAGUGCAGCUCACCGUGCGGUAAAGGCAACAAGACCCGCUCCCGGAAGUACAAGAAGAAGGGUGCACGCAAGAAGUGCGAACGUCUUCCUAACCCUCCGAGGCUCCAGCACACCGUACCAUGCGAUGCAGACUGCGCUGGGGACAUCUCCCAACCCGUUCUUAGCUCGGAUAUUAACCCGAAGUGCAAGAUGACCCAAUGGUCCGAAUGGAGCCCGUGCAGUGUGACAUGUGGACUGGGGCGUAAAAUGCGCACCCGUAUGCCGAUCAACAAUAACAUGAAGGUGCAUCACAAGCGCUUCGUCAACUACUACCAAUCCCGUAUGCGCACAUCGCCGCACGAGGACGAAGAAAACGACAGUGGAGAAGAAGAGGACGAUGAGCAAGAUGGCGUUGACAACGAUUUGCACAUCACCGACCAGAACGAUCCGUGCUACGGUGUAGAGACGGUCGAAGAGGCAAUCUGUGGACACGGGUUGCCUCCCUGCGAUGGACUUUACGGCGUUCCAGAGCUUUGCUUCCUGGAGCCCAAACCGGGCAACUGCCGUGAUUCGCAGGCGCGCUGGUACUUCGACAGUGACAAAAACGACUGCUCUAUACUGUUCUUUACCGGCUGCGGUGGUAACAACAACAACUUCAUGUCCCGGGAGGACUGUCUCGAUACGUGUAGCAAAGACCGUAAAUUUACCAACAUUCCGAUCCGGGACCAGAUCAGUACCAACAGUGCCGCUGGGUUCGGUGGUUCCGAGUACGGUUCGACGGACCUAAAGCAGGACUGCAAAACAUCGCACUGGAAGCGCGGACCCUGCAAUGCCACCUGUGGCGAGGGCUUCCGGGUGAAGAGUCGCACAAUCUUGGUGCAUCCCUCAAGCGGCGGUCAGCGGUGUCCCCGGAAGCUGCGCAAGGUCGAGCGCUGCUUCGUGCAUUGCGACUCGUCGCGGCAUGACACGUACCCGUCCUGGGGACCUAGUGACCGCUACGAGCCGGAACCGAUAGAGUGCGAGUACUCGGCCUGGUCUGCGUGGUCCCCCUGCAGCAGAACGUGCGGUGACUACGCCGUCCAGCAGCGCACCCGGUACGUGCUGAACCCCGAGAGCGCCCGCUUCUGCCCGCACCGGCUCGAGGAGCGCAAAUGUGAUAUCAUGCCUUGCCUGUUGGGCAAAUAAGUUGGGAAGCGGGUGAGUUCGAGGCCGAAAUCGGGACGAAAUUUGUGGGAUACUAUCUGGGGAGAAAUUGUUGAGAUUUAUUUGCAUUAUAUACCUAAAUGCUAGCGGGCAUCCGGGGACCGCAUUUCGUCGAGCAUUAGUUUUACAGUUUACUUGCAUGAUACUGUUUUCGUCGAGUUAAAUCAAUAGUUUCACAGCAGCAGAUAAAUGUUUUUUUUCCUAAUUUUUCAUACUUAUUUUUCGGGGACAUUGACAUUGAUGAAUGGCAGCUGAAAAGCACAGCCGUGAAUAGAUUGAACAUUGUAGAUACCCUUCAGAACGAAGAAAAAACAGUAACGCUAAAGGAAAAAUAACUACAGUGGAUGCGUUUUUUUUCCCCCGUUCAGAAGCCCCGUCUGGUUCGGGAAUAAGUUUAUACAAACAUACAAAGAGCACGAACGCAGGGAGUGAUCCAAACCGCACGACAUGCUAGUGGGCAGAUAAAAUCGAGGAAAAACAAUAGUAAAGUUGCCCGAAAAAGUGAAACGAGCAACACACAGCCCCACACAUUUAUGCAUGACUACAGUUCUGUACUACCCUGAACCAAUAGACAGAGAGAAAGAGAGACGAAGAGAAGAGAGAUUGCUGCUGCAAAAGGUUUUUAGUGGUUUUAGUAGUAGGCACACUGGAUUGAACCGAGACUCCAGACGAUGAUGCACGAUUUCACACACGCCAAACAACGCUGUUGGACGGUUGGGAAGGAACCGAGCGAACGAGACGUUUGUAUGUAUGAUAGUUGGGGUCCCCACGACCCGAGCAAAGGAGGAAGGGAGCGGAGGUCUCGGCAGUGGUAGCAUGUAUGCAAUCAGAUGACAUAUAAAUAAAUGCAGACAUCAUGUAUCCUUCAACUAUAAUGAGAUCAAAUAAACCUGGA